GUGGAUGGUCGACAAAGAAAAAAGAAACUGCCACGUGACGUUGCGCAGCACCGACUGAUUGAACGUUUCGUCGUUGUCUUUGUGCUAUAUCGUAUUCAUAAAUGAGUAUUCCGAUGUUACUCGUGUGAAAGAGUUUCAUGGAUCGUGAAAAGCCACACGCCGAAGUCUGAGUUUGAAGGAAUAUCAUUACGACCGAUCAUAUGCGCAAUCCGUUGUAAUCUUCUUGUUAGUUUUCUCUUUCAUUUUUAAUAUUCUCUCAUUAUUGCAUAAAAAUAUCUGUCGUAUAAUCCGUCGUAUUUCUCCUUUCUAUAUUUCUCUUUCUCUCUCUACUUCUAAUAUACUUUACUACACGCUAAAAAUACUUAAAUUUAUACAACAUAUUUUUGCAGAAAUAUUUGUUGAAGUUUAUAAGAGAAGAAAAAAAUAAUAAUUACAAUAGUUACAUUAAAAUGUUAAGGCCAUGUGUCGAGUAAUUUCUGAAAACACUGAUUUGUGAAACAUAUCUAGAGACUUGGAAUAUUCAUCAGAGCUAAUAUACACAAAUCCGAUUGACAAAAUUGAAUCUUUUAUACGUUGUAUUUUAUGAAAUUCAGUGUGAAAGACAUUACCUGAACGAAUCACUUUUGCUCCCAUACAACAUAAAUCUCCAAAGAACGUUCUAAGGAUGUUCUAAGGACAUUCAUACAUUCUAAGAACGUCCUCCAGAACAUUCUCUGAAGUUUUUGUGCUGUCUAGGUUGGUAUAUGAAAGCUGAAUAUCUGAAGAGGAUCACAGGAUAUAUACAAUAUCACAAUUAAAUACAUUAUACAUGAAAAAACAGAUUAGAAAAUAUUCAUAUUUUCUCCAAAGUUAAAAUUUAUUAAGAUCUAUUAAGUAGAAAAUCUAUUGGGUAGGAAUGUGGUAAGAUAAUAGCAUAAGGUAAUAAAUGUAAUUAUACAGAGAGGGAGAAAGAAAAAGAAAGAAAAUAGGAGUGAUAGAAACGAAGCAAAUAUAAAGAAAUGUAAUUACACAAAUGAGAUGACCUUUCUGAAAUUACUCACUGAGAAUAGCGUUACGAAUUCGUAUUCGUAAUUAUAUGGCACGUAUUUCUCUGUCUGGUGUAGGCGCCAUUCCUAAAAGGGCGAUGAAUCAUGGAGCCAAGGGAUAUUUGAAAAAGAAAAUACCAUAGUCAAGCUAAGACCUGUCGAUUUGUUUUGCUAGCUGUUAUGACCGGUCGACGAUGACGAUGGUGCGUCCGGAAAUGCGAGACAAUUGUUUCCAUAGAAAAGUCACAAGGUUGGAACGCUGAAAAUUUGGAUUUGCUAGACGAGCCCACUAUUUGGUACCUCGUUCCAGCGUUAAUACGCUUUGAGAGUCACUGACACACGCAGACGGCCCGUAUUCGGGACGCAGCUGCGGCCGCGAGCUGCCACCGCGCGUAGAGGACGGUCACGUGAUAAAGCGUCGUGGUGGGCCAAGCGGAGUGGCGAUUGGCUCGCAGUCCCCUACCCCCGUCCGGCGUUGCUCGAACAAAGAGACGAGGCUAUCUCAUUCGUCCCCGCGAGCGCUGCCAUUAGAAAGUCGUCGGCAGUCGAUGAGUGCGGGUGUUCCGCGAAUUGGACGAGAAGGAGCGAAUUGCACGUCGGAGUUUUCCAGAACGCGCGAGGGCUUCGCGAGAAAGUUUAUUGUCGGGUCGAGUCCGUCGCGCGCGCGCGCGCGAUAGUCCGGGAAGAGAGAAAGAGAGAAAAGAGCAGAGCGGAAGGUUCAGGAGAACGGGAAUUCGUUAUUGAGUUCUACCGUCACUCGUGAAAAUCGUAUCGUUCGCCGAUCGAGUUCGAGAUUCUCUCGCGAUCGGCGCACGUCAGCUUCCGAUCCGGUGCGUGGCGAAGCGUGACGAACGAACGACCGUUCGAUUCGCGACGACGACGACGACGACGACGACGACGACGGAGAAGAAGGAGCCGUCGCGGCAAAGUCGGAGCACAUAGUGGAAGAACGCCGCGCAUACGCUCCUGCCCGGGAGAUCGAUCCCCGACGGCGACGGUACGCUCGCUGACGCGCCGUACUUUCGUCGCAUCGUCGUCGACGAGAAUCCUCGACGAGGGACGCCCCGGCGGUUUCGCUUUUCGCGCUGGAGCGUCGACGACGUGCAAGUGCCGCAGCCGUAGAGCGCUACGCAGCGACGUGGCGACGACGCCAUUUUGUAACUGACACCGUACUGCGCUUCUUUCGGGAUCAGCACCGUCGUCGUGCCUACUCUUCAGGGCCGCGUCGUGAUCCGUGACACGCGCGUAUCUUCGAUCGCGUUCGUCAGUGUGUAGUAAAAUAUACGACGUGGAGCACUUCGCCUCGAGAAGCUUGCGAGUUGGAGAGAGAGACAGAUCGAGAGAAAAGAGACAGUGUCGUGAAAUAAGCGUGUCAUCGGUGGAGCUCGUGGCCGCGCAUCAUCGAGCCCACUUUUUCCUCCGUGUCGGCAAUUAAUCCAAGUCCCAUAUUAUCCCGUAUUUCGCCGCGCAGUCUUCGCCCUGGGUCGCGCUAAGCGUAAUCGUCGUCAAGUAUGAGACUGGAAAUCGUGUCGGCGGCUGAUUUUCUGGUGCACCUGCUGCGCCUGCAGGCGGGCCAGCUGUCGGAGCGGCAGCUGGAGAUGUUCAAGUCGUCGUUGACGGAGGUGCUGCGCCAUCGCUACCGUGACCACUGGUUCCCGGACCGGCCGAACCGCGGCUCCGGCUAUCGUUGCAUCCGCAUCAACGGCAAAAUGGACCCGGUGAUCGCUCAAGCGGGCGCGAACGUCGGCCUGCUGCCGACCGUUCUCCACAGUCUUUUCCCCAGCGAGCUCACCAUGUGGAUCGACCCGUCGGAGGUUUCGUAUAGGAUCGGCGAGAACGGUUCCAUCUGCGUGCUGUAUGAGCGCACCGAGCCCGAGCCGGAGGAGAUUAUCACCUCUCAGCAGCACCAACAGCAACAUCAGCACCAGCAACAUCAGCACCAUCACCAGGUGCAGCAUCAGCAACCGUCUUUGGUGCAGCAAUCGCCACCGCCGCCGCAGCAGCAACAGCAGCAGCAACAAUUCGAGAGUUGCAAGGACUCGCUGAUGUUGGAACACACGCAGUUCAGCGAGCAGAUCGCCGCGUUCGUCUCCAGCUGAAUUGCCGGCCACCUCGCCGCUCGCAUCCACGCUCUCGAAAUAAUAAUCUAAGCGCACGUGCGUCGUCGUCUCGUGAUAUGUGAUAUCCCUUCGCGUCGGACCGGAGCUGGUCCGCGCGCUCUCAACUUCUCGUGGACUCCACACACACACACACACACACACAUACAACACACACAACGCACACACGUAUACAUAUAUACAUGUGCGUAUAUACAUAUAUAUAUGCACGUGUAUAUACACAUACAUAUAUAUAUACACACACACAUACAUACAACACACGCGCGCGCGUCCUGCUCCUCCUUAAACCUUUCUCCUCUUUGCGUUUUCCUUUUUGUUUGUCCUGAUCGGUGCGUCGAGAGUCUUGGACGAAGAGUCGAUUCUCCGUCGCUGCUUCCUUCUACGCCUCGGGUACUCUCUCUCCCUACUCCUUUCUCUACUCUAUCUUCUUUCUAAUUCCAACUCUAUCAUCGCCUCCUUUGGAAACGGAGUUUGAUGAUAAUGAUGACGAUAACGAUUCGGCGUGCUCGUCCCUCCUUCGAGCGAGUUCCUGCUACAGACGAAGAGAGUCAUCCUAUGGGAACGCGAGCUCGUCCACGCGCGUCGGUCGACGACUAAACGACUCUAGUCCAGUCUCGCGCUCCCCGGUCCUCCUCUCGCUCGUGUGCGAAGGAUAGUCGAGGACGAGAACGUGCGCCCGCACGGAGGAAAAACACAGCAUUUCCCUACGACGACUAGUCCGAUUCGGCGAAGAACGAGAUUGGAAGCGUGCGGAAGAGCUCGCAAGCGUGUUCGUGAAGCGAGUAGAGGAAGAGUGUUGGCCAGAGGCAAACGAAUUGGAGGGAUCGCGGACUAGUCGAUUUUGUUUAACCCGGCGCGAUGCCGUGCGGAUCGUCACAGCUGCCGCCGCCGCAGUCAUAGACGACGAGUCGAUUCUCCCCGUCGGAGAAGGGACGCGCGACGGCCGUCGCUGCGCGAGUUCGGAAGAACGGAGCGAAACUCUCUCCGUGUGUCUCUCUCUCUCCCAGUCCGACUAAUUGAUCUCAACACCUCCUCCACCCGCGUACCUCCGAGUGUCUCCCGUGAGCAGCCAGCAGCCACGCGAGGGAGAAACAACGAAGACCAGCAGCCAGCCAACCAGCCUCAUCGCCCUUCCGUUAUUGCUACGUUCCCGAGGAAGUAAAGGAACCGUACUGCACACAUUCACAUGCAUACAUCGCGUACAUUCACACGUAUACCCAGUCUCUUUGUCUCUCUACCCCGUACGACCAGAGCCUCUUUUCUUCCACGUACUGCGUCGUCGAAUGUUUCGACCUGCGAGAACUUUAAGGUUUGUACACACCGAGGGAAAGCUAUAUUUCCGAUGCGAACGUUUUUGCGAUUUGUGUAUAUGUGCGACGGAGACUAGUUCUCCAACUUUACGUGACUUCGCGUACAUCUCGCUUCGGUCUGUACGAACUUCGAGAUGAGAACUGUACGGGUAAAGGAACGGGAUGAGAGCCGAUCGUUCUCCAUUCUCGUCGUCGUCGAGGAUCUUCCUCGAAUCUCACUGUCAAUUUCUCACUGUCAAUGCAGAUUACCACCGAGCCACAUACACACGUUACACUUGUACACGAAAUCAAGACGCGCGCGCACACACACACACACAUACACACGCGCGCGCGGUCCGAUGAUUCUCUAGUGUAUAACCGGUUGAUUCCGUCGAGUUAAAUCCUUCGUUAACGUCAAUUUUGCGCGAGUGUCAAUCGCGAAAGUAAUGAGACAUAGUUGCGAUGCGACAUUUUCUGGCGCAAAUGCGCGAUUCUCCGGAUAUAACAUCGAUUUUCCGGGAAAACCUAAUGUGCGUGUCGCAUUCGGCGAAAUUACGUUUGCGAAGGUGUCAAUUCGAUCCCAAAUCUUUGCGAAUGUUAUUUCUCGAGGAUAGCUAUCGAUAGUGGAAGAUUCCAUCUCAGCGAUGGAACUAUUCGAGAGCGAUUCUCCACGGUAGAAUUGUCAAGAGCAAGUUUUGAAUGUGCAUGAACACACACACACACACACACACACACACAUACAAAAGUUCAACUUCAUGAAAGCGUGCGAGUUUAUAUGUGUACAUAUUAUAUAUAAAUAUAUAGACGUUAUGUAUGUAGAGCACACACACACACACACACACAUACACACACACACCCCGUGAUACUCACGGUCAAGGAAGAGAGAAAGAGAGAGAGAAAGAAGGAGGUGAAGCGAAGUCGAAUUCAGGCGUGUACACACCGACGAAUUGUAUAUUAUCUUCCGCGUGAGAGGAGACGAAAGAAAGCGGGAGAAAACACGACACGUAUGAAAUUGCUGUGAUUUUAUCCACGGGAAGGCACACGGGCAUGUUUUUACUAUCGAGAGAGUCGGUCUCGGAAAGUAAAGCUCAAUGCAUGGCGUGUAUGUGUGUAUGUUUGUCUGUCUCUGUACGUUUGCAUGUUGUAUGUAAGAUUGAUUGCGUUUCCGCGGAUGUUUCGGCAGCGCGUUCGGGAAUGAUUCCGUGAGAGAAAGAUUGGUCGCGCCUGUGUGCUGGUAAGGCUGCUGCUGCUCACCCGAUACGUUUGCCCGCGCGCCACUCCGACAAUAAUAGCCGAGUCCGCUCGAUUAGUCACGUUUCUGCUUCAUGCUCGCGGCAUCGAGGUUUGUUCAAUUACCGUUACUUGACUUGAACCGAUAUACUUACCGUCAUGAACACACACAUACACAAACACAACACACACGCACACAAUAGAGGGCCAUGAGAUCUCAACGCAGGACUGAAUUCUCUCUCGACGGCGUCGCGGCUCGCGAUUUUAGCAUCUGACUGCAUUCACCAAAUCGAUCAUCGGGGUGUCGAUAUUUCAUUACACGCGUAAUAAAGACACCGGCAAUUCUCCGUCACCACCUCCGCAUUUUCCACCGCCAGUGGAGUGAACGCGUGAGAAAACGCAAGAGCGAGUACGGUGUGUGAAGGAUCGAGUGUGCGAAUGCGUGUGUGCAUGUAUGAGCGUAUGUAUGAACGGAUGAAAGAUGAGAGAUAGAUGAAAGAAGAGAGGGGGCAAGGAAAGGGACACCUAUCGUGUUCGGCGUCGAACAAGAGAAGAAGGCCCUGCACGUAGCAAUUAUAGAAACCAUGUCUGUGAUUAUAUUAAGAAUAGAGGAAAGAAAGAGAAAGACAAUAUAAAGCAAUCUCCGUAUGUAACGACCUAAAAAAUUCGAGCGGCGUGUGCAUUUUUACUAUACAUACCGGCGUGUAAAUGCAAUGCAUUAUUAAGGCUUGUCUGCAACACACGGGAUGAGCUUGGCGUAUAAAAAAAAUAGAAGCAAAAAAUAAAAACAAUUUAUUUCGCUUAUACAUGCCUCCUCCGUACUUUGGCCUCUUUACAUCUCUCUUGCUCUUAUUCAAGAGAAACCUCUUCGAUGUAAGAGGGCUGGAUUGUAAUGGGGAUUCCGUGAGUGAAAUCAAUUAUUUCUGUUUCCUACUCCAACUUUUUGUACCUCAAGCUUACUCCGCGUAUUGUAGACGAGCCUUUACAUACAACGCGCGAAAACUCGAUUCGCGAGCGAGCCGUAUACACUUUCGACAUUGUCACUUUGAUUAGAGCUGAAAUUAUCGCAUAUCUUUAUACUUCAACUGUGGUCGACGUGUUUUUCCUCUCGUGAUUCGCGCGUUCACUGUCGUCGCGCAGCAGCACGGCCCUUUAUUUUUGUCCAACAUCAGUAAUCGCACGAAACGACGGUCUUUUCAUUUCUUUUUAUAAAUCGCGGUCGGUUGGGGAACUUUAAGCGCUUUUAUAAAAAAAUAAAAAGAUGAGAACCGCGAUACUUUUUUUAUCUAGUCUUUUUUUAGCACUUCUCUCUGACACACUUUGAGGUGUCCUCUACAAUUUGUGUACUGUUUGCGCUGUAUCUGUAGCGCAUACACCGUUUACUGUGUACGCGCUACAUGCAUACCGUCAUGUGCGUGUGUGUGUGGAUGUGAGUAUGUGUGUGCGUGUGUGUAUGUGGCGCGCGCGCGAUAUGUAUGUGAUCACGUGACUUUUUAUUUGUAACAUUGUAAAUUGGCCCAUCGAAAAGACUUUGUUGUUUUCGCGGCGCUCUUGUAAAUCAGAAGUCAGAACUGGAAUAUCGAGGUCUUUCUUUGCUGCAAACGCCUCGUUGUGCCGAGGACAAAGAGUCAUAAUCGCGCCGACAUUUCCUCGCGUCGAAGAACGAAGGAAAACAUGGUCGAUCGUUUCGUAUCGGCAGUAGGGCACCAUCGAUCGUCCGACGAUCGAAAGUAGUGCGAGACGAGGCUGGAGAAAGUGUGAGAGAGCUGGGCAGCGAAAUCUCGUCGCGUUGUCCUUUAGACGGUUAUUUUAUCAUGACGACCGACAAGACACACGCUGCUUUCCUCUUGUUUUGUUUUCGAUUUCUAUUUCGGGGAAACGCGAUAUCGGAAAGGGCGCGCUUGUUUGAGAGAGAACUAUCCUGUAAUAUCUACGUUCAUCCGUUCACGACACGCGUAUUAAACUAUAAGUAUACCAGCGAAUGUUAAAAAAGAAUGAAAGAGAGAGAGAGAGUGUGUGUGUGUGUGUGUAUGUAUGUGUGUGAGUGAAAGAAAGAGAGGAAGAUCGAGGAUGAAAAGGAAAAUCCAGGGAAGGGUACGCUGGGGUGAGAAGGAGUCGGAGUAAAAGGCGAGAAUGCGAGCAUUUAUUUCGCGAAUGAAUUGUAAUUAUUAUAUAUAUAUGUAUAUAUAUGUGUGUGUACGCGCAUAUAUUAUAUAUAUACAUAAUUAUAUACAUAUAUAUAUAUAUAUAUAUAUACAUAUAUGUAUACAUAUAUACACAUUUUGUAAUUAUACAUAGAGUCCUUCAGGAAGAAUUUGUACAAACGCUGGGACAAGGUACCAGCAAGUCUGUGAUUUUAGCUUGGUUAAUUCAGUAUUUUUUUAAAUAAAACGAGACAAAAUCAAGAUAAACGAUAAAAAGAAGAGUUAGUGAGGGAGAGAGAAAGAAAGAGAGAGAAAGAAAGACAGGAGGGUUCACGAGAGAAGGGAAGAGAAAGUUUAUGAAAGAGAGAGCGUGUGUGUCGGGUUGAAAAGGAACGUAUGCAUGUAUAUAUAUGAAUGUAUGAAUCUAUGUAUGUAUGUAUAUAUGUAUGUGUAGGUGUAUGGGUGAGAAAAAGGAGACAUCGAGGUGAAAGAAAAGGGCGGGAAGGUUGGAUCUCAGAAUUAAAAUCUCGCGAUUAAUUUGCAUAUUCCGCCAGGAAUUUCUCCAUGCGAUUCUACAACUCACGGGAAACCGCACCAUCUUACACCUAGAAUCAUCCUUGAGGGCAACGUCUCGAGGAUGAGUUUAGUUUCCCGACGCGAUUUUUCGCACGCCCACCGAGACGUUUGAUCCUUUCCUUCAUGCGGAACGCUGCAAUUACCGAGAGAUUAUAAUUACUUGGAUCACACACACACACACACACACACACACACACACACACACACACACACACACACACACACACACACACACA